ACAUCAUCUGACCGAGGAAGCUGCUGUGGCGCUGGUUACGUGCUUUUUAAUGGUGCCGGAACAUCCUGUGUGAGGCAAACAGAAGAAACUCUCCGCACCUUACAUCUGCCUUGCCCAGCCCAUCAUGAUCCACAGCCUGUUUUUGAUUAACCCUUCGGGGGACAUCUUCCUAGAGAAGCACUGGAAAAGUGUGGUAUCCCGCUCUGUUUGUGACUACUUCUUUGAAGCCCAGGAAAGGGCAUCAGAGGCAGAGAAUGUGCCCCCAAUCAUUCAGACCCCUCACCACUACCUUCUCAGCGUCUACAGGCACGGCAUCUUUUUUGUGGCUGUCAUUCAGACAGAAGUGCCCCCGCUUUUCGCUAUUGAGUUCCUUCACCGCGUGGUGGACACAUUCCAGGAUUAUUUUGGCUCCUGCUCUGAGGCUGUGAUUAAGGAAAACGUGGUAGUUGUAUAUGAGGUUCUUGAGGAAAUGCUGGAUAAUGGGUUCCCUCUUGCUACUGAGUCCAACAUCCUGAAGGAGCUCAUCAAGCCUCCAACCAUUCUUCGCAGUGUGGUCAACACCAUCACAGGCAGUUCUAAUGUUGGGGACCAACUUCCCACUGGACAGCUCUCCGUGGUUCCUUGGAGACGGACAGGAGUAAAAUACACCAAUAAUGAGGCUUAUUUUGAUGUUAUCGAGGAAAUUGAUGCCAUCAUUGAUAAAUCAGGAUGCACUGUGACAGCAGAGAUUCAGGGGGUGAUUGACGCCUGUGUAAAACUAAGCGGGAUGCCAGAUCUGACUCUGUCUUUCAUGAAUCCCCGUCUCCUGGAUGAUGUGAGUUUUCACCCAUGCGUACGUUUCAAGCGGUGGGAGUCAGAGAGGAUCCUUUCCUUCAUCCCGCCUGAUGGGAACUUCCGGCUGCUGUCCUACCAUGUCAGCGCUCAAAACUUGGUGGCCAUUCCUGUGUAUGUGAAACAUGCAAUUAGUUUCCGGGAAGGAAGCAGCGGCGGGAGAUUUGAAGUCACGCUAGGACCAAAGCAGAGCAUGGGGAAAACAGUGGAAGGGGUCACCCUCACCGGGCAGAUGCCCAAGGGAGUGCUGAACAUGACGCUAACCCCUUCCCAAGGAACUCAUGUCUUUGAUCCAGUGACCAAGCUCUUGUCCUGGGAUGUAGGAAAAAUUAAUCCUCAGAAGUUACCAAAUCUCAAGGGGACCAUGAUCCUUCAGGCUGGAUGCUCAAAGCCAGAUGAAAACCCCACCUUGAACCUGCAUUUCAAGAUCCAACAGUUGGCCAUAUCAGGUCUGAAGGUAAACAGGCUGGACAUGUAUGGAGAGAAAUACAAACCAUUCAAAGGCAUCAAGUACAUGACCAAAGCUGGCAAGUUCCAAGUCAGAACAUGAGGGGGGGGAAGUUUGAGCUGUGUCCUGAAGUACCCCCCUACUCAGCUUGUGACAACUUCCACCUCUAUAUGCAGAUGAGAUGAGAGAGAGUGUGACUACUCAGUGUGUCUUCUGGGAGUGUUGGACAGCAUAGUUGGGGGGGUUAUAUGUGUGUGUAUUCCCUGUUAUAAAGGGUGUUCUGGGAGAAUUCUUGUGUGCAUCUGUGUGAUGGGUUUUUUAGGAGCCCAUUCAGUACAUUACAUGUGCAGAGGAAGAGCAAGGAUGCCAGACUUCUGCACCUGUUGCUCGUCAAGAGCUCCCAUCAUCCCCUGCCAACCACUGGCAGUUUGGAUAGGAAUUAUGCAUUGUUAUUUGUGAAGGCUAUUCUGUUAUAUGCAGGAAUGUUACCAUAUCUUCCAAAAUGGUGUUUUACUAAGAUAAUUAUUACAAAUAAAUCUGUAAAAUGUGUGAACAUUGAA